GCAAACAAAAACAAAGACAGAGAGAAUAUUAAUGAAUAGUCCCCCACUCAUUCGAGCGCGUCUACGCGUGCUCAGGCAGGCCCAUGACGAUCGAGGUCUAUAAAUUCCACUUUGAGGAGUCGAGAGAAUCCAGCGAGCUCGAUCGAGAGAGAGAAAUGGUUGGACCUGCGAGACCCCUGUUUGUGUUGUUUGGAUCCUCCAUAGUUCAGCUAAGUUUCAGUGACGAAGGAUGGGGUGCUAUUCUUGCUGACUUGUAUGCUCGAAAGGCAGACAUACUGUUGCGAGGAUACUCCGGUUGGAACUCAAGGCGUGCUCUGCAGGUUUUAGAUCAAGUUUUUCCAAAGGAUGCCGCCAUACAACCUUCUUUGGUGAUUGUCUAUUUUGGUGGUAAUGAUUCAAUCCACCCUCAACCAUCUGGCCUAGGCCCUCAUGUACCUCUUCCCGAGUAUAUUGAAAAUAUGAAGAAGAUUGCUCUCCAUCUAAAGAGCCUUUCUGAAAAGACUCGCAUUAUCUUUCUUAGUGCUCCUCCUGUCAAUGAGGAACAAAUUUGUGAAACACUCAGUAUCACAUUAGGAGAGCUGCGUCGGACAAAUGAGUCCUGCAGAAUAUAUUCAGAAGCUUGUUUAGAGCUGUGCAGGGAGAUGGACAUCAAGGCCAUUGAUCUAUGGACCGCCAUUCAAAAAAGGGAUGAUUGGUUGACUACAAGCUUUACGGAUGGAAUUCACUUUACAUCUGAGGGGAGUAAGAUAGUGGUGAAGGAAAUAAUGAAGGUCCUUACUGAGGCAGACUGGGAACCAAGUCUACACUGGAAGUCACUGCCUGCUGAAUUUGCAGAGGAUUCACCCUAUGAUCCUGUUAGCCUUGAUGGCAAGACUACUGUCAACGUCUCUGAGAUCAGCUACCACAGAAAAACAGAGAAUAGUUAGUUAACCUAUUUGUUUCCAACUUUACGAAGUCUUCAAAUUAGACUUCAAUGCUACUUGGUAUGAGGAGAAGGGGGAAGAAAAGGAGAGUGAGAAUCGUAUGCUUGGAAAAGGCAACGAUUAUAUGUUGUUCAGUUUUGGCUUUUAAUGGGUUAGAAAGCAAUUAUUGGCCAAUAAAAAUAUAUGAAAUCAUGUCAGGAUCCCAUGUGUUUUAGGUCAUUUUGAUUUUAAAAUCCCAGUUUUCAAUUUGAUAAAUUCGAGACCCAAGUUUGGGCUCAAGCCUAAAUGUAAGACCUCUGUCUACUUUUUUCCAUUAAUGCUUUAUUCGUUUCGGCAUAAAAUGAUUUUUGUUGAAAAA